GUGGAGCUGUUAGCUUUUUAGUCUUGCUAGUCGCUGAUACAAAACGAGCCCGGUGUAGCGGUACAUGCCCGGAUUCACUCUUCGCCAACUUCUCUCGUCGAUUUUGGAGGAUGGACGUUAUAUGGCGCGUUGGCGGAGGCCAUUAACAUUUGAAAAUGACCAGCCUCCUCGAUGCGGCGGCCAAAGUGAAAUGGGACCGAACGGCCGCGGCGAAGCGAGCCGUGUUUCUGGCGGCCGCCGCUUACGGCGUCAAAACCCUGUAUCCCAUCAUCUGGAAGCAGCUCUGCAAAGGCAAAGAUCCCAACAGAGACUCGCUGUCGAAAACGAAGAACGGCGUGUCGGGGAAAGCUCCGGGAACCGCCACGAACGGAGCUAAAGCGUCACCGGGAGUGAACGCGGAAUUUUUUAAGCAGAUCCUGGAACUUGGUAAAAUCCUCUUCCCCAAACUGGUUUCUAAAGAGCUCGGCUUGCUGUGCCUGCACUCCGUGGCGCUGAUAUCCAGGACGUUUCUGUCCAUUUACGUAGCCAGCUUGGAUGGGAAGAUCGUGAAAACGAUCGUGGAGAAAAAGCCCCAGAGUUUCAUCCUGCAGCUGAUCAAAUGGCUCCUCAUCGCCAUCCCGGCCACGUUCGUCAACAGUGCCAUCCGGUUCCUGGAGUGCAAACUGGCCCUGGCCUUCAGAACCCGACUGGUGGACCAUGCCUACCGGACCUACUUCACCGAUCAGACCUACUACAAAGUCAGCAACAUGGACGGGAGGCUCGCCAACCCGGACCAAUCGCUCACGGAGGACGUGAUGAUGUUCUCCCAGUCUGUCGCCCAUUUGUACUCCAACCUCACUAAGCCCAUCCUGGACGUGAUCUUGACCUCCUACACGCUGAUCCAGACCGCCAAGACCCGGGGGGCCAACCCCACCGGGCCGACCCUGCUGGCCGGGAUGGUGGUGUUCGUCACGGCGAAGGUCCUGCGCGCAUGCUCCCCGAAAUUUGGCAAACUGGUCGCUGAGGAGGCUCAUAGAAAGGGGUUCCUGCGGUACGUGCACUCCAGGAUCAUUGCCAAUGCUGAGGAGAUCGCUUUCUACAGAGGACACAAGGUGGAGAUGUGUCAGCUGCAGAAGUGCUACCAGGCUCUGGCCGAUCAGAUGAACCUGAUCCUGUCGAAGCGCCUCUGGUACAUCAUGAUCGAGCAGUUCCUCAUGAAGUACGUGUGGAGUGGCUGUGGACUCGUCAUGGUAGCCGUGCCCAUCAUCACAGCUACCGGAUUCGCUGACAGUGAAAGAGCGGAUGGACAGCCACAGGUCAUGGUGAGCGAGAGGACGGAGGCGUUCACGACAGCUCGCAACCUUCUGGUCUCGGGGGCCGAUGCCAUUGAGAGGAUCAUGUCCUCUUAUAAAGAGAUCACAGAGUUGGCGGGCUACACGGCUCGAGUCCACAACAUGUUUGUGGUGUUUGAGGACGUCCAGAAGGGGGUUUACAAGCGCUCCUCCCUGUCGGACGCCGCAGGGACCGAGAAAAAGACCAGGCCGGAGAUGCACAUCGAUGGACCUCUGGAGAUAAAGGGUGAAGUGAUUGACGUGGACAAAGGCAUCGUGUGUGAGAACGUUCCGAUCAUCACGCCGAGUGCAGACGUUGUGGUGUCCUGCCUGAACCUUAAGGUGGAGGAAGGUAUGCAUCUCUUAAUCACUGGGCCCAACGGCUGUGGAAAAAGCUCCCUGUUCCGGAUCCUGAGCGGCCUGUGGCCCGUCUACGGAGGGCGACUGCACAAACCCUCCCCACAGCACAUGUUUUACAUCCCUCAGAGGCCAUACAUGUCAAUGGGCUCCCUGAGGGACCAGGUGAUCUACCCCGACACGGCGGAGGACAUGUCUGCCAGAGGACUCAGCGACAAAGACCUGGAGGCUAUUUUAGACAUAGUAAACCUAAAUCACAUUGUCACCAGAGAAGGGGGCUGGGAUGCUGAGCUGGACUGGAAGGACGUCCUCUCCGGAGGCGAGAAGCAGAGGAUGGGGAUGGCCCGGAUGUUCUACCACAAGCCCAAAUAUGCGCUGUUGGAUGAGUGUACCAGCGCGGUGAGCAUCGACGUGGAGGGAAAGAUCUUCCAGGCCGCCAAGGACACGGGCAUCUCGCUGCUCUCCAUCACCCACCGGCCCUCCCUGUGGAAGUACCACACCCACCUGCUGCAGUUUGACGGCGAGGGGGGCUGGCGCUUCGAGCAGCUGGACUCGGCGACGCGCCUCUCCCUCACCGAGGAGAAGCAGCGCCUGGAGACGCAGCUGGCCGGCAUCCCCGAGAUGCAGAGUCGCCUCAACGAGCUUUGCAAGAUCCUGGGAGACGACUCUGUCCUCAAAACAGCAGAGGAGUGAGGCGGGAGGGAGGGAGGUGGGGGCUGAGGCCCAGAGAGGGAGGCGAUGAAAAACAAAAAAAAAUAGAAAUGUUUUUUUUUUUGCUCCGAGCCUCUCUUUCCAAAGCAGCAGCGCUCUGGUUUCUUUUCUUCUUUGUUUCCUUUCGUCUAAAUUUGAUUAAUCUUCUGUUUUUACGCCUCAAAAAACGUCACUAAUUAAGAGGAACAAUGCAGACGGAGCUUCGUGAAAUCAAGGCACUUUACUCUGCUGUUAGCAAUGAGGAAAUGAAUGUUUUCAUGUGGAGCCACUAUGAUUUUACGAACAGUAUUCCAGGUAUCCUGCACUGAUCCGUGCGUUUAUAUUUACCUCUGAAAUCCACGUGAACAUUUUUUUGUUGUGUUUUUAGCCUCUGUGCAGAUCCAAUGUGUGUUCCAUUCAGGCUCAGACUCUCCGGGGUUUAUUAUUAGAACGGUUAGUGACGCAGGCCUCGCUCCAGACCUGCGGGAUUCUGGGUUAUUGCACAAAUACAAUGACGCGGGCCGGCUGCUCUGUCAGGGCGACACGUAUGUGCAAACAUGAAGCCGAUCAGGCGGAGGAUACGCCGACGCUUGGCCUGCUCUGCAGAAACUACAACUCUUCUGUGUAGAUUUCUUUUUUGUUUUUUGUCUUACUAAAAAAAUAAUCUUAUCAAGAAAGUUUUUUGAUAAUCCAGGUCGAAGGCUAUGUCCGAAUUCCUUCCUUACUCACUAUAUAGUUUUGCUGUUCGAAACUGCAAUUCCCAAAAAGUCUUUAGCGUGCAUUGACGCUCUCUACAUCACUUAAUAUAGACCACAAUGCAUUGCCGUACAACAAUUUAAAAAAAAAAAACGUGUUUAAGUGUAAUUUUUUAGUAAACCAUCCUCAUUUUCAUCAUCAGAAAACAGUGGAGUCACAAAUAGACGUGAAAUGUUCGUAUUGAUUUGAAAUUUUCUUCGUGAAUCAGUGACAUCAUAUCCAGCGUUUAGCAAAAUGAAAGUAAAGUCAUUUUGCUAAACGAAAAUCCAGAUGACUAGAUAGUCAGGCACUGUAUAGUUUUUUAGUAGUUAGGGAUUAGGGUGGGAAUUCAGACUUCAGAAUUUAUUUUUAUGCUACGUUCACACCAGGCAUGUGUUCACACUGGACAAAAAGGGAGGGGCUUCCCCUUCUUUUUUCUACUGUUUACUAGCGCGACGACAGUUGGGCCGAAUCCGAAUUCUUUCCCUACCCCUCUAAUUGUAGGGCCGUUUGAAGAGGUGGGGGUGUACAAAAUAGUUUUUUAAGGGCUAACCGUCGCGGCGGAAGGAUACUGAGCCCGCCACUGCAUGGGUGCUUCGUGUCUCGCCAUGCCACGGAGGAAAAAUCUAUUUCUUCACUUGGGUGUGCUCUGAAGCGCAUACGUUUACAUUUAAAUGUAAGUAAUGUUGACUUUUUUUAAGUUAAAAAACGUACUUCCGAGGGCUAGCGGCUACGUGCUAACGUAGCUAACCAGCGACUAUUGAUGACAUCAUCGAGUGGGAGUGACGUCAGAAUUUGAAGACACUAUUUUCCCAUAACUCUCCGUUUGGAGGGCUAAAUGUAGAGGUAGGGGAAGAAUUCGGAUUCGGACUUAGGAGAGGUUUAGUGCAAAAUGUGGAAUUGUUGCAAAUCACGCUUUUUCUUUCACGGCUCCCUUCCGAUAUACGAAAGACUUGUCGUAUAAAUGCGUCCAGAUGCAAAUCGCAGUUAUUAAUUUCUCCUGUGCGAUCAAUUGUCAAACGGUUGGGACAUCCGUGAAUUAAACGGAACGUCAUCUAUGCGUCGCUACCAAAUCCAAGUCACUGAUUGGUCAAAUUAGGCGCAUUUUGUAUUUAGAGGCCGAACAUGAUCGUAGGAAGUCGUGACGCCAGACUGUGAGAAUUUCACUGAAAUGCACAUACAUGUAUGUUUACAUUAACUUUACGCUUAAAUUGGUAACUUGAACGUGUGUUGACGAGUGAACGUAGCUUUAAAGUAGGAAUUCUUGGUAAGAUCCCCCAAGAUUUUUAUCUUUUUUUAAUAGGAUUUUUUUUCUAAGUUUAGGAAUUUUUCAAUGAUUUAUAGGGGAUUUUGUUUUUACCGUGUUGGACCGAUCUGAGUCUGAGCCUGUUCACACAUGUGAUUCCAAUGGGAGCUCAUUGUAGUGUAUCCAUGCACUUUAAUCUUUCUGAUGAUGUCAGAAUCAGUUGAAUAUGGUCAGAAUAACAUUUCAUGAUAGCGUAGUUAGAUGACUUGUUUGUAGAUUUUUAAGGUUUAGUUUGUUAACUCUGGGAUGCCUAAACUCCUUCAACUAAAGUGAGUUUUAUUCCGGUUGUUGUUCAGGUUGGAUUGACUUCUGUGGGUCAGAAGUUGCAAUACUGUGAAGUUAGUCAUUUGUCUCAGAAACAAUCAUAACAUUCUUAAGCGUCUUUCUUUUAAACCUGUGUUCUACUUCCUGCAGAAUCAGUACAUAAACCAGAGAACAUUUACCUUAUUAAGUCUGGUUAUACUCCUCCAGAGGCGUUUUAUCUUGAUCUCAGCGGAGCUUCGCAGUUUAUUUCCAAGACAUCACCAUGAUCUAAAUGAUCAUACUGGUAAAACAUUUCAGGUGCAUUUCUGUGGUGGUACCUUCUAACUGGUAUGGCAAGCCAUUGAGGUCAAAUUUCAUCAGAAUUUGUGCCACAAAAUGAUUACAUUUAGCUACAAAAAAAGAAGAAUCAGAAUUAAUUUAGGAUUAUAAUAAACUUUAGAUUAGUAAAAGAAUAAGAAUCUCACAUUCCUAGAAGUUUACUUAAUUCUAUGGUGAGAAUGUUAGCUCACAUUUAAUAAAGUAAAUGUAACUAAAUUACAGAAAACACCUUAAGGGGCAUUUAUUGCCCUCAAAAACCAUAGAAAAUGUCAUUUUGUCCAACAAUUUUUCCACUUUUUUUUAAGUGAAACAUUUUAGCAGCUACAUGUCAGGGCACUUGCUAACUGAUAUGGAAAGCCAAUACGAUCAAACAUUGCCUGAAUUUGUCAAAAACAGUAAAGUUUGGCCACAAAAAACAGUCAAAAUUAUUUUACUGUCAUGAAAAUGAAAGAUUUCACAUCCUUAGAAAUGAACUUACAUCCUAAAACACCCUCAGGGGCACCUGCUGUCAACAAAAAACAUAGAAAACGUAAUUUUGUGUAACACUUUCCACCGACUAUUAUGUAAUUAGUGAAGCAAUUCUAUAGGAGUUUGAUUAAUGGAGAAAAGUAAAGCUUUGGGGCAAAAUAUGGCAAGCAAAUUGGGCCAAAAAUGCCAGCUUUUUUUUUUUCAUUAAAAUUACAUGUUAUACAAUGUUUUGUUAAUUUGGAAGUUAUAAUUACACAUAAGGCUUGUUUAAAAACAUUGUGAAAUUACCAUUUGAAUGUGCAUACAAAACUACAUUGAGUGUUAGAGUGUCUAUAAAAACUUUUAGAUUAGUUACUUAUUACGCACUGUUAUGUGUUUUUUUGUUUGUUUGUUUUUUUGUUUUGCAUGAAGUUGGAUGAAAACUAUUAAAACUAAGCUAUAACAUUUGAAAUGAAAGACCCAGUUAAAAGCAAAUUCUGAGUUGUUGCUACGGCUUUUUCUUCACACGUGCUUUUCUUCAAUUAUCCUAUAAACUAUUUUGGGGUUUUUGUUAAAACUUUUAUAAACUACAGUUCAUAUUUCAAAAAACGUAAUACAUUUUUUAACUUAGAAAUGGCAGAACAAUUCAAAUUUACAAAAAAACCCAAGAAAUACUUAAAAAAAUACAUAAAUAAAUUUGUUUAAAAGUGUUAAUUGAAAAUUAAGAUUGAAAAACUAAGAAAAAGUUUGACUUUAACCCAACUUUGCAGCAUAAAUCCAGAUUUUUGACUCUGUGGUUUGCCAUAAAUUCUGCAAAUUCUGCAGGACUCAGUACGUACCAGCGUCGGUAGUGGAGCUCUGGUUUAACCAAACAUCUAUCAACAUUUCCUCAUUUUAUUAGCUGGUUUUGGAUUUUAUAUCUAAAAAAGCCGUUAACUAAGCCCAGAAAGGGAUGACUUCAAUCCCAAUCUGCAUGAAAAUACAGAUCAUGUUUGUAAAAAGACAAUCCGUCAAUAGAUGCACUGCUUUAUCUGACGUAGAUGAUUUUGAAUCUUCAAGAAAUGCUUAUGUUUAGUUGAGUUUGGUAAAAGCUUUAUAGAUUAUUAUAGGAAUAACUGAUAGUGUUGCACAUCAAAGUUUAGCUUUCAGGUCUUUUGUAAGCCUUUGUCUUAAACUUUGACUCAGCUUUUCCAGCAGAGAACAGAUCCCUGCUGUGAUCAAAGCCAGUCUUAAUUUCCCAAGAAAUUUUUAAAAAGUAAAAAAAAAAAAGCAGCAAAAAUGGAGACUUAAAUAUUGAAUUGCUGUCAUUUUCAUACAUUUAUGAACUUAUGAUGAACUUUAAAAAUCCAGACUGCAAAAAGCUAGAUGUCGUUUUAUUCCUUUUUAUUUUGACGAGGCUGUUUUCUGUGCAGAUGAUGUUGACAGAAGAGCAGCAAGUUGCUGAAUGACAUAAAGUCUGUUUGAUGGAAAUAAUAGGAAAUUAUGAGGUGCCUCUUUUCAUUUUUAUAUAUAUAUAUUUUUGUUUGUCAUUCUCCCAAGCAAAAAAAAGAAAAAAAAAAGUGUAAACAGAAAUUGUUUAUCUACAUUCUGAAGCGGAAAGAUGUAAAUUUUGACAUAACAAAUGCUGGAUGUGUCAUUUUGAACGCUUUGACAAUGAUGUGUUUCUGCUGCCCCCUAGUGACUGAAAACAUACACUGCACCUGGAAUUGGACUUGUUUUAAAGGGCCUAUGUCAUGCUAAAUUGUCUUUUUUGAAAUUUUAGGUGUAUUUAAAUUUUAUUUUUUUUCACAAGAAACAACCUCAAAGUGGUAUUUUGCUCCAUUUGAGCAUUUUUCAAUUUUCCCUUCCAAUCCACAAACCCACAUGGAGCGAAAGGCGGAGCCUCAGAGGAAAAGAGUAGGAAAGGUCACAAAAAUAACUCAUAAAUAAUUUGUUCUUUAGUGUCUGUCUGUAAGUCUGAAAGACUUAUGAAAAGCAUGAUAUAGUCCAUUUAAAAAUUUUAACCACUUUUUUUGUUUUUGCCCUUGUAGAAUUGAUGAAAUGUUUUAAUACUUGCUGUUGAUACUGUGAGAAUUUAUUGCUGUAAAUUUCCCCUAACCAAUAAAGCUUUCCUGUGAGGAGAUUGAGAAUGUA